GUCCUUUUGGCUUUGUUGGUGAAUGACUUCCGCGAGCGCUCAUACGCAAGAAAGGCGAGACACAUUUUGAUCUGAAGAAAACAAAAACAUGAACGUCCAACUUUCGGAGUCGGAUCAGAUUAAACAGUUCAAAGAAUUCCUGGGAACUUACAACAAACUGACAGAAAACUGCUUUAUGGACUGUGUGAAGGAUUUCACCACCAGAGAAGUGAAGCCAGAGGAGACAACCUGUUCAGAAAGCUGCCUUAAGAAAUACCUGAAUAUGACGCAGCGGAUCUCCAUGCGCUUCCAGGAGUACCACAUCCAGCAGAAUGAGGCCAUGGCCGCCAAAGCUGGCUUACUGGGGCAGCCCCGUUAAAGCGCAACAGCGGCCCAUGUGGCCAGGAGGCGUGAAAGCGAUCAGAUAACCACGUGUCUCCCCGCACAUUCACCUGGAGACUUCACCUGUCCAAAGCUCUUGGCAGGUCAUCUGCUUGUGCAUCGCCACGCCUACCUCAAACCCCCAGCCAUGGGCAGUCUGUGCGGUCAGAUAUGUUGCAGUUCUGAGGGCGUGAUCCUCAGACAGCCUCACCUGACCGGAACACAUCAAGUGGAGUCUUGCUCCUGGAAAAAUCUGAAAUUUGUUUACUUGUGUGGACCAUGUUUUCUUUUAGCAGUGGUAGAAUAAAAUGUCAAAAUUGUGUAGUUUAAAGACCAGAGAUAUUUACAGGUUGGAGUCAGAGUUGGAGAGUUUUGUGUGUCCCAGUGGUGCGGAAGUAAGAGUGUUCAUUUUUGAUUUUAAGUAUAAAUGCUAUUCCUCUGGUCUGCAAGUUCCAGGGCUCAGUUGGUGACAGGUUGAGUGUAUUUGAGGAAGCCUUAACCCAGCUGUUCUCACAAUAUUGCAGCAGUAACACUUUGUACCACUGUAUUAACGUUGUGACAUCAUAUCAAGUCUUAGCUUAGUUAUGAAGAGAUGUAACAAUGUGCCAAGCACGAGGUAGGAACACAGUUGUAACUUCAAAGUGGAGAUGGAUAUGAACUUCAUAGCUCUCUUUGAGCCUGGGGAAAUAAAAUUCAAACCCUGGUCACUGAAAUUCACAGUGAAUUUGUUUAUCAAACUCCCUAGGCCACAACCCACAGUCAGUGGAGUUUGUGUAACAGUUGUCCUUCCUUUAGCCAGUCUCUGUGCAUGUAUGAUCCGCUCAGAAUCACCUACACAACUGUGAAUGAGCUCCCUGUUCUGGCAAAUUAAACAACUUACACUGGACUCAUGUCAAAAGUGCAGUGAUGUUACUUAAACACUAAUUAAUGGAACACCUAUUGUGGUUAUUUUAGUGCAGUUACAAAGCAUGCUCAUGCACAAUGAGCAUCCACAAAUAGAACAGAGUAGCUGAAUGUUGUUCAUUUGUAAUGAAAGCUAUGAAUGCCUUUAUCUGAGUGAAAUAUGUGUACAGAUCUUAAGCUGUGUGUGAGUCUCAGGAGCUUUGGAUUAAGGUACAAGUAUUUCUCAGUACUGAUUAAAACCAUAAUUAUAUGU